GAAUCUGAUAACUUUAACUGUUAUCAGAUUCUGCCAAGCCCCUGGAGCGGAGAAGCGACAUCGGAAAGGGCAAAGAUGUAUGGCGACACUUGACCUGACAACGUUAAGCCGACCAUAUCCUUAGGUGUAAUGGGGCCUACCAGAUGUGGAUCCGAUUCUUCGAGUGGGUGGGGGGAAACUUACGUAGUGCAGCGUCAGCCUCGGGGAUAAUCUCUGGGCAGCAGGGCACAACUUCCCCAUUCGCGACAUUUUCACCGUCAUCACACUCCGAGCAAUUUUCCGACUUCACAAAAGCUACUUCGCUAGUAUGCAAUUCAGCCGUCAAAUGGGUGGCGAGACAACUGCAAUUGCGCUUCCCAACUCGGAGCAGUUCUAUCUGGACAAUGAACGCGGGGAAACAUAUCUGAUCCAGGUGUCGUGGCCACUGCAUUGGCAGCAUGAUCGCACCUCUCACAGCGAGCUGCUUCCCAUCAUAUAUGUCGUCGACGGGAACGCAUUAUUCUUGACCGCGACGGAAGCUGCCUGGCGUCGCAAGGCUGCGUCACACUUCGCUGGCGGGGGCAUCAUUGUCGCCAUCGGAUAUCCUCUGACCAGAAAGCUAUACGAUGCACGCCGGCGCAGCCUCGACCUAACCCCGCCUACACCAACUCCUGUACCUGGGCACGGAGGUGCAGAUGAAUUUGUCGAUUUCAUCGACAAGAAAGUUCGCCCAGCAGUCAAGGCAAGAUUCCCACAAACGACUUCCUGGAGGGAAGCUAUCUAUGGCCAUUCAUAUGGGGGGUUAUUCGCCCUGCACGUUUUGUUUACACGCCCGCAGUUAUUCGACUGUUAUAUAGCCAGUAGUCCCUCGAUUUGGUGGAGUACUCGGUGCAUAUUAGACGAAGCAAAGGCGUUCUUGGAGGAUAACACUUUAGAUGGCCGGUUGCCGUCGCUGAUGCUGUUCUAUGGCUCUUUCGAGCAAAACCCGCCUCAAUGGAAUGACGAACCACUCGACCACUAUGAAGGGCGAAAGCAAGUCGCCGCCGACUUCAGAAUGUGUGACAAUAUCCUCGACCUCUGUGAGUUGCUGCGAGAUUGCAAUCGACUACAUACGGUCUCGUUGAAGCCGUACGAGGGCGAGGAACAUACAAGUGUGAUGGCAUGCUCAAUGAGUCGGAGCUUAACUGUAUUCUUUGAAGAAUGGCCUCUACCUCGUAAAUAGACGGUGGUGAUAACUGUGGUGUUAAAGACGUUUUUCGGAAUUGGAUUGUCUGGGGCAUAGGAGAUGGUGGCGUUAGUGAUAUGAAACAGGCUAGCUAAGGUCAUAAAGAGCAUUAGAUAUUUCAAAGAAGAUAAGACGUUUGUGGGAAGUAUAGUGCUGCUAGUUCCAGGA